AUGGCCAAGGCGCAGGAAGUCGGUGCAGACCUUCUCCAAUCGAAAAUGGAUGGGUCCAUGAUGAUCCAGGACGCUUUGACCCUCGCCGGGCUGUGUGCAAAUUCAAUCCCAGUGAACAACAUUGAUGAUCAUCUGGUCUCAAUGAGCAAUAUUGGUGAAUAUCUUGUUCCAGUGAACAACACUGGUGAUUGUCCAGCACCAGUGAAUAGGGCAGGGAGUGCAACAACACCCUCUUCAUCAUCGGGAUUUUCCUGGAACUAUGACAGCAUCAAACUCAUGUUGAAUCUUUACAAGAAAAGGAAAUAUCAAUUCCAAGAUGGAAUAAUCAGAAAGGUGAAACUUUGGGAUGAAAUUGCUGAGGCAAUGAAAGAACAUGGAUAUCCCAGCAUCACUGGGAUAGCAUGUGACAAGAAGUUCAGAAACAUGAAA